GGCUUCCUUAUGCAUUCAUUGUCUCAGACUUCAAAGGCACACAUUAAGUCCUCUGCAUGUUUCCAAAAUUUCCUUUACAUGAAGACUAUUAGGUCAGAGCUCACUUGGAGCAUCAUUUUGUCUCUGUAAAGACAUCAUGAGUUAUUGGGGGCUGAGUUCAACAUACACUUAUUUUUGAGACAUAGUUGGAUCCACAAGAUCUAAAAGCCUGGUCUCCCCAAGCCUGUUAUACAGGCUUCUGCAUCAUUUUGAGAUCAGGUUUCUCUUCUACUUUCUCUAAACUUGCUCCCCUCACUUGAUACGAUUCUGUAUCGGUUUCCUGUGGUCCUCCAGUCGGUAGGGGGCGUAGCGACUUUCCAUUUCUCCGUACCGGAAGUCUCUUCCGAGGGUCUAGUGACUAGGAAGUGGAGGGAAUGUCGCGCAUGCAUCUUUUGGUUUUGGCUCAAUGGCGGGCAGCCGUGCGGGAACCUUGCGAUCCCUGCAGGCAGUGGACACUGAGCUUACUGCGGACUCGGUGGAAUGGUGCCCAGUAGAGGGUUGCCAGCAUCUGCUGGCCUGCGGAACCUACCAGCUACUAGCACCAAAGGACCAGCCUGCACUGGAUGGCAGUGAGCCCCAAGUUCGUUUAGGUCGUCUCUACCUGUUCAGCUUCAGUGAGGACAACACAACUAAACCUCUGCUUGAGGUCCAAAGAAGGGAUUCUUCUGCUGUCCUGGACAUGAAAUGGUGCCAUAUCCCAGUGUCUGGCCAUGUGCUUUUAGGCUUGGCAAAUGCCAGUGGAUCUGUGGAGCUGCUGCGCCUGAUGGAAUGUGAGAAGAGCAGUUAUACCCUGCAGCCAAUAUCCAGCCUUACCCUGGAUGAGAGCUGUCUGUCCUUGUCACUGGAUUGGUCCACUAGGAAAUCUGUAAGGGCCAGAGAGCAGCCCUUGAAGAUCGUUAGCAGUGAUUCUAAGGGGCAGUUGCACCUCCUGAUGGUGAAUGAGGGCACAGCUGAACUACAGCUAGUGGCGUCUUGGCCAGCUCAUCACUUUGAGGCCUGGAUUGCUGCUUUCAAUUACUGGCAGACAGAACUUGUAUAUUCAGGGGGAGAUGACUGCCUUCUGAGAGGCUGGGACACUAGGAUGCUGGGCACACCUGUCUUCACUAGCAAGAGACACUCUAUGGGUGUGUGCAGCAUCCAGAGCAGCCCCCAUCAGGAGCAUAUCCUGGCUACUGGAAGCUAUGAUGAGCAUGUUCUCCUGUGGGACACUCGGAACAUAAAACAGCCGCUGGCAGAUGUACCAGUGCAAGGAGGAGUAUGGAGGCUCAAGUGGCACCCAGUCUACCACCAUCUACUUCUGGCAGCCUGUAUGCACAAUGGCUUCAAGAUUCUCAACUGCCAGAAGGCCAUUGAGGAGAAGCAGGACAUAACUGUUUUAACAUCCCACAAAAUGCCUAACUCAUUAGUGUAUGGGGCUGACUGGUCCUGGCUUUUCCAUUGCCUGAAGCCCACACCUACCUGGUCCUUUGAUCAAAAUGAUGUGGGAGCCAAAGCAGCAGACCACUAUAGCCUGAAGGUUGCAGAGGAGCUGCCAGCACAUGCUCAUGAACAAAUAGUGGAUCACCAAGUGGAAGGCCCUGCUAGAGCGCGUGGCAGAGCUGAAUUGAAGGCCUCUCUCCUUCCAUUAACAGAGGACACAAAACACAACAGCAAAGGAUGCUCCUCAUCUUCAGUCCCGACGCAUGGUCUAAGCCACUGCUCUAGUGGAUGGAACUCUGACCAGAGCCUCUUGGCCACCUGUUCCUUUUAUGACCAUGUUCUCCACCUUUGGAAGUGGGAGACAACGCAGGCUUGAGGCUGCACUUUGCAGUGAUACUGGAUGUGAUUUGGGGACUGCUGACCAUUGAGAAUGGAUUCUGUGAUUCUGUUUUGACAGUGAAUGGGAUUUUCUAGCACUACAACUAAGUGUCUUGGAUAUAUUUUGACUUUCAGCUCUUCAAUUGUAUUUAAGUCUCUGUUUAUAUUAAUUAAAUAACUUUUUUUUU